AUGAGGGCAAUUAUUGUUCUUCUUGCAGCAGUUUUCGUGUCGGUGUCAUCAUCAUCGUACUUCAAGUCCCUUUUGGACUUGCGGCAAGAGAUUUCGCCUUGGGUUUCGCCGAGAAUCAUUGAGGGACAAGCGACGAGCGAUGGUCAGUUUCCCUAUCAGGUUCUCAUCGUCGUCUACAGUAACGGCUUCAAGAAGCCCAUCGUUGUGGGCUGGUGCGGAGGGGCAAUCAUCGCUGAUCAGUGGGUCGUGACAACGAGUCACUGUUUGGCACUGUGCAAAGACGGAUCGGAAUUCCCAGUCUUCUACAUCGAAGCUGGCUCUGUGCGAGCAGGUCAGGCUCGUCAGACAACUUCUGUUCUCUCCACCGACGCUUAUCUGCAUCCUGACUUCGAUCCCGAUUACUUCUGGAACGACAUCGGCCUGCUGAAGACGAAGCCAUUCGACUUCAGCACGCCCUUCGUGCAGCCCAUCGCACUGGUCGCGGCUGGCACGGACUCUACCAUGUACGAGGGCCUGUACAUCACCAUUGCAGGCUUUGGCUACACUUCCACUUCCGGGCCACCGUCGGAGCAGAUCCUCUUCACGCACUAUCUCAAGGUGAUCUCGCUGCAGAGCUGCCAGGAGAAAUUCGCGGCGGGAAUUGUGCAGGACACAGUGUUCUGCGCCAGUGAUCUCUCGCCGCCCAUCACUGCUACGUGCUACGGAGACGCCGGCGGUCCCGCCGCGAUGGAGAUGAGCGGCGUCAUGACCCUCGUCGGCCUAGCAUCCUUUGCGUCGAAGAAGGGAUGCGAUCAGGCUCCGCAAGGUUUCACAGAUGUGGCUCAGUACGUGAAGUGGAUUGGGAAAAUGAUGGCUAAGCACUAA